UUGAUAUUAGCCCCGAUCGAAUCAUAAAUUCUCGAAUUGUAACAGUACGUUGUUGGGUUAUUAUAGUAUAGUAUUCGGACGACCGAUAAGUAGUGAUUGAUUCGUCAGGAGUGUGUAAUAAAAUGGUGAUGGACGGAAAAUCAAGCAGUAGCAGCAAUGCUAAUGGGAAUAAUGAUGAUAAUAAUAAUAAUAAUUUUCCGGUGAGCGGAGCGAGGGAGACCACGCCGCUGUUGCCCCGGAAGGACUCGCUGUCGUCGCAGCCCAAGACGUUCGCCAAUGUGUUUAUUGCAGUGGUGGGCGCGGGGGUUCUUGGACUGCCUUAUACUUUUAAGAAGACGGGUUGGAUCACUGGCUCCAUCAUGAUCCUGGCUGCAGCUGCGCUCACCAAUCACUGCAUGAUGCUCCUUGUCUACACGCGAAGGAAGCUGCAAUGCCCCUUUAAAUUUUCGAAUAUUUCUUCGUUUGGUGAUCUGGGGUAUGCUGUUUGUGGCUCUCAUGGGAGGCUUGCGGUUGAUUUCUUGAUUAUUCUCACUCAGGCGGGGUUUUGUAUUGGUUAUACUAUUUUUAUUGGUAAUACAUUGGCUCAUCUGUUUGUGAAUUCGUUUAGCUACACUGCGAUUUCUGCCAAGACGCUUUAUGUUUGGGCGACUUUGCCUUUUCAGCUGGGGCUUAACGCGAUCCCCACGCUGACCCUUUUGGCCCCUUUGAGUAUUUUUGCUGAUAUUAUUCAGAUUGGAGCGAUGUGUGUUGUUUUGUUUGAGGAUGUUCGUUUGUUUAUGACUUAUAUGCCGCCGGUUAGGCCUUUUGGGAGUCUUUCGUGGACUCUUUAUGGUUUGGGUGUGGCGGUUUACUCUUUUGAAGGUGUUGGUAUGGCUUUACCCUUGGAAUCAGAAACGCGGAACAAGUCCAAAUAUGGGAGGGUAUUGGCCCUCACUAUGUUCUUGAUUGCUGUCUUGUAUGCGGUUUUUGGUUCUUUUGGUUAUUUUGCCUUUGGGGAGAAUACCAGGGACAUCAUUACUUCUAAUUUGGGGAAAGGCUGGUUGAGCACCAUUGUUCAGUUGAGUCUUUGUGUUAAUCUUUUAAUUACGCUUCCACUGAUGAUGCAACCGGUUUAUGAGGUGUUUGAGAGAAGGUUCUGGGAGGGGUGUUACUGCUUGUGGAUCAGAUGGCUGUUGGUUUUGGUGCUCAUAUUGAUCGCACUCAUGGUUCCUAACUUCACUGAUUUCCUGUCGUUGGUUGGGAGUAGCACUUGCUGUGUUUUGGGCUUUGUUUUGCCUGCUCUCUUUCACUACUUAACUUUUAAGGAUGAGAUGGGACGAAAAGAGGCGUACAAGGACAUAGGAAUUAUCGUGCUGGGCGUUGUUCUUGGGGUAACAGGAACAUGGUCUUCUAUAUCAGAGAUAGCUUCAUCAUCCUAGAGGUAUCGACUUUUUCUAUUCAAAACAUUCUACUGUACCUGCAGCUACAUUUUAAUGGCGGCUAUAAUAACAGUUAAAUCCUUCAAAAAGAAAAAUAAGAACUAGGUAGAGGUUCUGGAUUGGCUUUAUAGCAGAUUCAUCACUACUGUUGACAUUUUCUUAUGAAGAAAGGAGUUGUAUCCCUUUGGGAAUGGAGCAUGAUUCAUAUUUUAUAUUCGGUUGAUGGUUUUGCUUUCA